CACGCGCGACAUAUCAAUAAAUCUAUUGCCCUGCGAGCGAUUUCCCGACAAUAAAAAUCGGCGCUGUACUGUUCUCAUUCCACUGUUUCCCCCUUGAAUUACAGCCACUUUUAUUAGAGGCAUCAUAAUAAGCCUUAGAGCGUAAGAUUGAACAGCCUUUGCAUAAUAUUAACGCGACAGGUGUGGUGCGUGGACGCGAGGUAGGUAUUCCUACCUAAUUUCAUGCGUACGGGCAAAAGCACGGCGGCCCGACCGGAAAGUAAUUGUUGCUGGCAGGAAAAGUAGAAAAUCCAGAAGUACGGGCACGCCGAUAUCGAAAUGUACCUAGUUUUGGCUCGUUAUAUGUCCAAGAAAUUUGCAAGUGCCAUUUGGAGUAAAUAAAACGAAUCUUUAGGAGUUUCUACCGGCGGCGCGCGCACUCUCGAGCUACAACGCUACAACAACCCUGUCGCAACACGGACAAAACCAAACCCGUGUCUGACCGUCUCAACGAACGUUCGUGCAAGUUGCGUGAGAUGCGGCUCUCUUAUCAAUCUGUUUUUUGUUAAAGUUAUGUGACGGACACCCUCGAAAACUAGUUAAAAUAAUACCCCAGACAUUCCUGUGCACGAUAUAGUUCAACGAGGGGCGAUCCAACGGAGAAUAACGACGCAUUCAGCAUGACUUCAGUAAAGAACCGGGAACGCAUUUUAGAGGCGAUUGACCAGCUACGCCGGCGAAAAGCCCGGCCAGAUAUACAAAGGAUUUGUAAUUAUUUAUUCCGGCGAUUUGCUAUUAAUUCGGCCGAGGCGAGAUCAGAUUUGGAGUGGUGUGUGGCAAAUAACAUUGUCCUUAAAGUAGAGUACAAAGGCAGCAUUAGUUAUCGAAACGCAGCAAAAAAGUACGCACAGAUGCGGCAACGUGACAGCGGGCACCAGGGAGACAGUGCAAAUGACAACAAAAUAAAUCGUCAAUUCAGCGAACUUUUAACAAAUGCUUUCGGUGAAUUAAUUGUGGACGAGCCCGACUACCUAGAAAUAGGUGUCCCCGGACAGGAGAUAAUCAACAAUAUCUUGGCGAAGGACAGCGUACGCUACACGAAAAAAUAUAUCAGCAUUUUGCUCGAAAAGGAAGUCGCGAACGGGGGACUAAUAAAGAUGGAAAACGGUCAUUACCUCAUGGGUCCAUCAAAGGAGGACGAAAGUGUGCACAAAACGGAGAAAGAGAAAACAGAUGAUUGGAAAAGGUUGAAGACAGAGACCGAAAUUAAUACAAAUGAGGUGAAAGAAGUGAAUGAUAGACAUGAGUACAUUAUACAACUCAAACCCAGAAAACGUCCGGGACCCAUUCCCAAAAAAGAGAGAGACAUCAUAAAACAGGAACAUUUUGAAAAUAUGGACUCUUCCACUAAUUCCGCCGACGAAAAAAAAUCUGAAAACGGAUCCUUGCGAAUAGGGGGUCGACGUAAGAGGGCAAAGAAAGUUUUCGACCCUUCCGAUACACAUAUUCCAAAGAAAAGGGGUAGACCAGCAGGGUCCCUGAAUAAAUCAACUAUUGAGAAGCAAAUGGCUAGGUUAAGUGAUGAAAGUAGGCCAGAUUCUAGGACUUCCAGUAAUGGCCGAGAUCAGGGCGGAGUAUGUUCGGUAUGUCAUAUACAGAGCAAGAGAGGCCCCAAUGAUCGUAUGGUUGCUUGCAGGGAAUGCAGUAAUAAAGCACACUUUAGCUGUCUAAAUGGGGAUGACAUGAUGUUGAAAAUGUAUCCUGAUAAUACUUGGCAGUGCCCACACUGUAAAACUUGCGUAGUUUGCUACGAAACAUCCGAUGCAGGAUAUUUAACUGUUUGUUCAGUGUGCGCUGAUGGUUAUCAUGCCAGUUGUCAUCAGCCUAGAAUUAUUGAAAAAAUUAAAAACGGCCAGAAGUGGCUUUGCAUCAACUGCCAGAUGCCGGAUGAACUAAAAAUAAAUGAGAUUCAGUCAAAUAUUGGGAAUUCAUUCAGUCAGAAGAUCAACGGAAUUGGUAAGUUUUACGAUGAGUUAUCAUGCAAAUAUCAUAUUAUUUUUAUUUCAGAUAACGACAACAGCCCAUCAAAUUCGGGCAAUUCUAGUCCGUCCAACUACAAUUCUCCUCCUUUGUCACCAACUCCACCCCAAUUGAGCCCUCAGACUGGUCAGGCAGGUGAGUCACCCGACCAAGGGGCUAACUCCGAUUCUCAGAGUAACAAGGAUUGGGACUUUGAAGAAAAUAUAGACCCCUCGAUACCAGAUGCCACUCAUUGGACAGCCGAUGAGGUUUAUCAGUAUUUUGCUCAGUAUUUCCCGGAAGAAGCUAAAGUUUUUAAGGAACAAGAGAUUGACGGUCGUUCUCUACUACUUCUAACACGAAUAGACGUACUAACAAAUCUAAACCUGAAGCUCGGACCAGCCCUGAAAAUCUACAGGCAUGUGACAAAGCUUCAGGUGCGAAGAGAUGACCGCAAAUUAUACUGGCUGUAAUUUUUAAACACAACAUAUUUAUUUCGCAUUUUCCUAAAGUGCAGCGGUUAAGUUUGUCUCAUUCUAAGUGUGAUAUUUUAGAUACGUCGUGUAUUAUAAUUGAUAGGUUUAUAUUUUAUUUGUUGAUUAAAUUGCUUUUUUAUAAGAGGACAAUGAUAUUAAAUUUAUUGAUAAUUGA